CCAAUCAGCUCUCUGUGUGUGUGAGAGAAGGCGAGCAAGAGAGAGAGAGAGAGAGAGAGAGAGAGAGAGAAAACAGCAUCCCUGAGGGAAGUAUAUUUAGAAGGCAACGUCUACUGCUUGGGGGUGAGAAUAAUAUGGAACAAAACCGUUUUUAAAAAUUGAGGAACUGCUUGGAGCUGCAUCGGUUCCGGUCUGUAGCUUGGAUGCUGGUCUCCAGGGAGGUGAUAUACUUCAGCUACCAAUGCUGGUAGCUGUUUGUGUCCUCACCAACUUUGCUAAACUAAUUCAGAGGAUUUAAGCAACAAAGAAAGUAAGGGAACAAAAACAAGUUGAAAGCGAGGGAUUUCAGAGAAAAAAGGGCCACAUAAUUGGGGAGAGGUAGACCUUGAAACACACUGACAAAUGAUGUAAGUCAAAUACAACCUCCGGGGUAUAUAUAGAAACACACACGUGUAGACACACAGACACACACUGAAACACACACACACACACACACACAGAUGGGCACACACACAUGGUAAUGAGUAGAUUCUUGGGCUCCUUUGCACAAAAACUACGCACAAUUUUCUGAGCAUCCAUUCUUUUUUCUACUCAGCAUUUUUCCCCUCCUGUCUGGAUUUAACCUGCUCGUAGUUCUUUGCAUCCCUUUCCUCUUGUGUCUGGUGUCCGUCAGUGGGCAGCGAUGUGCUUGCGGCUCCGGUGGCGGUGGCAGCAGCGGCGUCAGUGAAAGCGGGUCGCAGGCGACGACAGCGGCACCCCUCGGCCGGCGUCAUCGGCGGGGCUCAGUGUCUCUCCGGGCCCCUCGGGCGGCGCGCGGCCGGCGGCGCCGUCUAAAGAUGUUGAGGUCGCCCCCCUGCUCGCCCGGGGCCCCCCUUCUGACCGCCAGCGCCGUGGCUCCUCGCGCACACAGACAUGGACCCCCCCAGAUCGCUGCUGCCGCCGUCGUCGUCGUCGCUGCUGUCGCUGUUCUCCUCGUCGUCGCCGUCGUCGCCGUCGUCGCUGCCGCUGGCUCAUUCGUCGCGCCCCUCCUCGCCGCCACACCCCCCGUGCCCACGCUCCUCCUCGCCACACGCCCCCUGCCCUGUGCCCGUCGUGCCCGCCGUGGCCGCCACUGCUGCCCUGCCCUGCCACCGGCCUCUGCCCCUGCGCUGCCUGUGAAGGAUGUCGGAGCGGCGCGCGCCGGCGAGGACACCGCCGGACGCCAGUGAGAACCCCAACCAGAGAGAGCUCAUCCGCAGCCACAUGAAGAUGGUCAUCGACCAGCUGGAGGGCAUCCUGAAGGAGCUGAAAGACGUGGCCCACGAGCUGCGAGAGGUGGUGGGUCAGAUCGACAAGCUGACGUCGGACUUUGACUUCGACCUGGAGCCGGACGACUGGACGGUGGCCACAGCGAGCAGCACGUCGAGCAGCGAGCGGGGCCUGGGAGAGGCCUUCCGGCUGGACUUCCUCAGCCACGACCUACUCUCCGACAGCUGGGAGUUCUGCAACUAUCUGGAGGCCUCUGCCUCCGCUUCCGCCUCCACCUCCACCUCCACUGCACCCGGGGCCGGACCGGGAUCGGGUCCUGGGUCGGGGUCAAGACUCGGAGCGGGUGAAGGUGGAGGACGAGGAGGAGCAGUAACGAGGACAAAGUCGGUGGGCGUGAGAGCCUCGACGACGGCCGUUCAGACCGGAGAUGAGAACUCGGACUCGGGGUCGGGGUCGGGCCCCGGACGGACAGGGGGAUUGGUAUCCCCAUCCUCUGUCUCCCCACCCCCCUCCACCACCACCACCGGCACCUCCACCGGCCCCACGUCGGCCUACUCGCAGAUGAACGGGGGAGUCCCCAUCAUCCCCAACGGGCCGCUGAUCGUCACGCCGGACUCGUCCAGCGAGGAAGCCUCCAGCUCCACGCACAGCCAGAAGACGUCGCGGACCUCGGGCACGCGAGAACGCGUUCGCUUCAGCGACAAGAUCCUCUACCACGCGCUCUGCUGCGACGACGACGAGGACGAGGAGGAGGAGGAAGAGGAGGAGGCGUACGGCGUAGGCGAGGACGGAGACGAGGACGAGGAGGAGGACGAUGAGGACGACGAGGACGAUAAGCGGGACUGCUGCACACCGGACACGGACAGCGAGCUCAGCCCCCUCGCCUGCUCCCCCGUGCCGCCCCUCUCCUCGCUCAUCUCCUCCGCUGCCACGGAACAUUCCAGACUCCACAACUGUCUGACUGACCCCGCCUCGGCGGCGUCCACGGCGCCGUCGCUCGUGGGCCGGCUGCCGCUGGGGACUCACUCACUGGGACGGAAGGGGCUACUGCAGCCCUCGUGCCGGAAGAAGCUGCUGCGCAACAGCAGCACGCAGACUGUGUCCGACAAGAGCACGCAGACCGUCCUGCCCUACGUCCCCGCUAAACAGAAAACAAAGGACCACUGAGAGGACUCUAUACUUUAUGAAAAACAUAAAAGAGUACAAAGAAAAGAAAAGAAAAAAAAUACUCUAUACGGAAAAAAAAGAACUGUAUACAUAUUUAAUACUAUUACAUAGAUCAUAGAUUAAUACACAAAAUAAUUAAUUAAUUACUAAAAUAAAUAAAUGAUAUAUGGGAAUUCAAAAAAACACACUCGACUACCUAAAGUCAUUCAAAGGCUCAGGGAUAUACGGGUUGAGAUUAGCCACAUGCGAGGGGGGAGGGGGAGGGGAAGGAAGUGCUUAGCCAAUGACCCGUGAAGCAGUCUGGAGAAGGAAAGGGGUUGGUAGGUGGACCAAAAUGACCGUCCCUGCUUCUGUAAAGACAUGUACAAUAUGACUUCAUACUUCUUUUUUGUGUUUCUUCUCUCGUUUUUCCAUCUGCAUCACUUGUCGGACAUAUUUUACUAUGAAAUCUUUAGUCGAAAUAAUGGUUGUGGAAAGCA